UCUGUGAAACGUGUAUACACACGGGUCCAAUCGCAUUGGACAGCUCCGACGGAAGCGUGGGCCGUGUUCCCGCCAUCAUGCUGGGGGUAUAAGAGGGACCAAGCCACGGACCAAGCACUUCAGUCCUCUGAACGAAACAACACAAGGUACAAGGAUGGCUCUUGAACGUCAAGUGCGCGCCAAGAUCGCUGGAAAGCGUAACCCGGAACAGGAGAAGGAAGCCCAGGAAUGGAUCGAGACCAUUCUUGGAAAGAAGUUCCCUCCUGGUGAACUUUUUGAGGACGUCAUCAAGGACGGCCAGGUUCUGUGUCAUCUGAUGAACAAGAUCUCCCCUGGAUCGGUCCCUAAGAUCAAUACUACUGGUGGUCAAUUCAAAAUGAUGGAGAACAUCAACAUGUUCCAGAAAGCUCUGAAGGAGUACGGGGUGGACGACGUUGACGUGUUCCAAACGGUUGACCUAUGGGAGAAGAAAGACAUUGCGCAGGUGGUGGUGACCCUGUUUGCUUUGGGACGCACGACAUACAAGCACCCAGAAUGGAAGGGACCCUACCUAGGCCCGAAACCCGCAGACGAAUGCAAACGCGAGUUCACAGAAGAGCAAUUGCGUGCCGGUGAAUCGGUGAUCGGUCUACAAGCUGGCUCCAACAAGGGCGCCACUCAAUCCGGCCAGAGCAUCGGUGCCACCCGCAAGAUCCUCCUUGGAAAGUGAACCAUCGAUCCACUCCGUUAGACCCGAAAAUUGUGUAUUUUGUAUGUACAUGUAUAUACGUUAUGUAUUUAUUUUGUAUUUUCUAAUUAAACCAUCCAUACACACAUAUA